CCCACUUUUAGCUAGUAUUAUUUUCACCAGUUCAUUCUGUGUUCUUCAUAAUUCUGGUCAUUUUGAUCGAUAUUUGUCAGCAGACUAGACCUUUUGCCUGUUUUUUGCAACAUUACUUGUUUCUUGAUUUGACAGAGGCAUCUCCCUUCUCUUCAUCUUUUCCUUCUGGAACAGACUACUGCUAUUUUCUGUGCUGUAUCAUUCACACCAAUUAAACCCUCUUGGAUAGGUUGGUCAUUUUGGAAGAGCACAGACAAGAAGAAACAUGAGCUAAUUUUACUAUGAAUGAAAGUAGAAUGCGCAAUGGGAAGUAGAUAACCUAGUAACACGAAGACAUACCUUAAAAACAGAAAAAAAGCUAGUGGUUAAAGAUGAUGGUUUUGCUCCUUUCUCCUACAUAAAGGAAUCACAACUUUGCAAAGCAUAGCCAUUGAAGAUGGAAGUUGAGGAAGCAGAAAGAGUAGUAGUGAUUGCAAAACCAAUUGCUUCAAGACCUGCUUGCUCCACCUUUAGACCUCUCUCAGUUGCAGGUGCCAUUAAUGCAUCUUCUUCCGCUGUUCAAUCUUCUCAAACACCAGAUUCGGCCAUUAGACCCAAAACUGUGAGGUUCAAGCCAUCCCUGUAUCACCCUCUUCCUCCUGCCGGGUUUGAUUCUUCUCAGUGGGCGAAAUCUGACAAGAUUUACAAGCCAAUGGCAAAACUUGCAUCAAAGACCACUGUCUCUCUUUUGGCAAAUAUGAGAAAUUGCAGCACCAGUUAUCAUCAACCUCCACUGCAAGAAAAGUUCAGGUCCUAUUCGCACCCAAAUAGUAAUGGCCCACAAGCAGCUGAACCUUGUAAGGUGGUACCACAGAACAUGAUAGAGGAAGACACAAAAGCUUUAACAUUCCAUAAUCAUGGCGCUCGACCUUCAUAUGAUGGAUACAACUGGAGAAAAUAUGGGCAGAAGCAGGUUAAAGGAAGUGAGUAUCCGAGGAGUUAUUAUAAAUGCACAAAUCCUAAUUGUCCAGCCAAGAAGAAGGUGGAAAGAUCACUUGAUGGCCAGAUUACAGAGAUAGUAUAUAAUGGUGAGCACAAUCAUUCAAAGCCUCAGCCUCUUAAGCGAAACCCAGCUUUAGGAUCUGAAUUGGUGGGUGAUGGAAUGAGUCAAGACAGUAACACAUACAACAAUUUAGGGAGCAGUGACAAUGGAGAGAGGAAAGAAGACAAAGCUCCGUUGGUUGAUGGUGGUGAGGGAAGAAGCAAGGAGUUUGAGGUAGAGGAAGAUGAGCUUAGCAGUAAAAGAAGGAAAAAUGAGAAUCAAUCAUACGGAACAGUGGUUUCAGAGGAUAGUGAAGAGCCGGUAAGGGUGGUACCAAGUUCUGCAGAUUCUGAAAUAGUAGGAGACGGCUUUCGCUGGAAAAAAUAUGGGCAGAAGGUUGUGAAAGGCAAUCCAUAUCCCAGAAGUUACUACAGAUGUACUAACAUGAAGUGCAAGGUGAGAAAACAUGUAGAAAGAGCAAUAGAUGAGCCAAGAUCAUUUAUCACCAAGUACGAGGGAAAGCACAACCACGAGAUGCCACUCAGGAUUAUUAGGAAUGACAACGUUAACGACCAAGAUUCACAGGCCGAGCUUGCUUCUCUUCAAUAACGACAAGUCCGCAGUAUGCAUAGCUUAAUAUAGUUCAUCUCGAAGCACGUCCAGAAUGAUUCGAGUUCAUCACAAAGCUAUGAAACGUUCAAUUCAGUGGCUCUACUUGCUGAUGUUUUGUAUAGUCGGUGAAUUACUGGCAGUCUAGCACUACUUUCCCUGCUUCGCCAGCUGAUAUUUCGUUCUCACUUCAUAUCUCUUGGGCAGCGUCAGUACCAUAUUCUGUAGACUUAUUUGAUGGAAUUAGAUUUGCUGCAUUUCCUUAAUUAAAUGUACCGCAUGCACCUUUUUUUAAUUAUUAUUAAAGAAGAGAUGUAGAAGGUGAUCGAGGAAUGACGAAUGAUGUGUAUGAUGUAUUGAAUAAUAAUAAUAAGAGAAAAUUUCACUA